AUGGGAAGCACUUUCUUGCACUCGCUCACUCUGACCAACUUCCAAAAAUACAAAAACAAAACAUUCACAUUCUCUCCGCAUGGAAACUUGAUAGCAGGACUGAAUGGCUCGGGCAAAAGCACAAUAGCUGCGGCAAUUGCGCUGACUCUGGGCGGAAACAACAAAACAAUAGGAAAAACGCUUGCAACACACGAGAUAAUAAAAUAUGGAGAGGCCAAGGCAGUUUCCGAAAUAGUCAUAAAAACAGAUAAGAGAGAAGAGCUGUCUGAAAUAGUAAAGAUAAACGGAAGAGCAAAGGAAAUAAACGUCGUAAUAACACGAAUAAUAACGGCACUUGGAUCAACGUAUAAAAUAAACAGCAUUCCCGCAUCGUUCAAUCAGGUCAAAGAAGUGACAGAAGCACUGAACAUACAAAUAAACAAUCUGGGACAGUUUUUGCCGCAGGACAGAGUAACAGAGUUUUCAGGGCUUGCAGAGGAAGAGCAGCUGGAAACCUCCUUGAGAACAUGCGAUCCAGAGAUGCUGAGAAAAAAGAAAGAGCUAGAAGAGAUUGAUGACAACCUGUCAAACUACAAACAGAAACUGCAAAUAGAGAUAGACCAGCAGAGCCAGCUGAAAGGAAAAAUAGCAGCACUUGAGGGAGAGAGCAAAAAGCUGAAAGAGUUUUUGGACCGGAAACAGCAGAUAAGUCUGCUCCAGUGCAAGAUCAAAUGGGUGGAGUAUGUCCUGCUGAAAGAGCAGUAUGACAAGCUAAAAGAAGAAGCUGAUAGGAAUAAAGAAGAGUACAGCAAAAGCCAGACAAAAGUGGACGAGCUGGAAAAACAGUAUGUAGAAGAAAAAGACAGACUGAGCAGAUCAAAAGAAGAGAAUGCAGAGAUAUUGGAUAUAGGAGAGCUCACAGAGCGCGUGAGAGAAAUAAAAGAGAACGAAGAAGAAGAGAAUAAGCUGGCGGACAGGAUAGAAACAAUUCAAAAGAGAAUAUCCAGAAUAGAGCAGGAAAAGUUUGAAAUAAAACAGUGGAAGGAAGAAAAAAAAACAGAAAAGCCAAAACCCAAAUUAACAGAACACCUGAAAGAGGAACUGAACAGGCUCGAAGAAGAGAACAGAGCGUGCAAAAUGCAGGACAGCUCGUGGCAAAUAGACUCCGCCAUGAAAUCAACAGAAAUAAAAAACAUCGAGAUGUCGAUCAAAAAAGAAGAAGAAAAAGAGACACGGCUGCUGGAGGCUUUAAAAAGCAUUCAUGCGGACACGUACACCACACUGAAGCUGAUGGAGUCCAGCGAGAAAAAGUGGGAAGUUGACCUGCCCGCCAUUCUAACGAUGAAAAUAGCCAAAGAAGAGUACAAGGAAGAGCUGAGCAGCCAGCUGAAUGUCCAUGCACUGACGUGUUUUGUGUGCCAUAGUAGAGAGUCAUUUCAGGAGUUUGUCCAUGAGUUUAAAGACAAAAGGAAUUUGGCCAUCAAUGUUGUAGAAAGACAAAACAGCACACAAACAGGCGGAAGUGCACACACACAGCGCCCACGAGAAGAAGCUCCACUUGAUGAGAAAUACGGCAUGGUGUAUCUGUCAGAGUGCAUAGACGCACCGCCGGCAGUUAAGGAAUUCUUGAACAUAUUUUCGAAACUCUCGUACAUUCCCGUUACGAAGAUAUCGCUCACAAAUGAGCACGAGUUCUUCAGCAAAUACAAAAAGAUCACAAGAAUUAUCUCGAACAAAAGAGUGAUUGAAAUCAAAAGGUCCUCGUACACAAAGGAUGAAACACUAUCUAUAUACCCUAUAUCAAAGGGAAUUGACAUUUUAACAAAGCCUCAGGACAGCACAUUGAAAAACAAACUAGAAGAGCUGAAGGCAGAAAGAGAGCAGAGAACACAAAAUAGACAAAAUGUGCUAAGAAAAAGAGAGGUGGUUGAGAAGAGAAUUAAAGAGCUGGCGCACCUCAAGGAAACAGAUCACCUGGAAAGCGAAAAGUACGAAAGAAGAAAAAGAGCAGCGCAGGCGUACGUAGAAAGAACAGAGGAAAUCGAAAAAGAAAGCAUAAGUCUAAAAGAAGAAGAAAAAAUGGUAAACACCGCACUGAAGAAGCUGAAAAAUGAGGGGAAAAUACCGUGGAAGAAGCUGCCGCUCAAUGAUUUGCUAAAAAAGAUCAGUGAGGUAGCUGAGAGAUCAAAACUAAUGCAAAAACAGUAUGAGCUGCUGGAAAGUAUGCAGCACACGCUACUUACAGAAAAACAGGGCCUAAAAGACCAGCAAGUUAAGAACAUACUGGCAGAGCACAAUAUGAACGAGCUAAAAAAACAAGCUAAACAGAAAAACGCUGAAGCGAAUGCUAUACACGAGAUGAAGCCUGAUAGCAGCGAGAUAAAAAUGAAGCUGAAAGAGAUGCCCACAUGCAUAAAAACGCUUACAGGCCUGCUAGCACAGGAGAAAGCCAGAGCAGAGCUGUCCAUUGUGAACUAUGCUGCAAUAGAUGACUACGAAGCCUGCAGACUCUUGCUCGAAAACCAAGAAAAAACACUGCGAAAGCAGGAGAAAGAAAAAGGAAAAUAUGAGUCUAUUAAAAAACAAAAAGAGGCCGAUCUUAAAUCAGAAAUUGACCUGCUGAUAGAAAAGAUAAACGAAAACGCAGACUGCCUAUUCAAAUCAGCUGGCAUCAAGGCUGAAGUGCUCGUGGAGUACGCAGAGUCACCGCGUAGAUGGAAACUAGUUCUAAAAGUGCAGUUUAGAACGGAAGGUAAGCUGGAAGUCUUAUCAGCAGGAAGACACAGCGGCGGAGAAAAAGCCGUUUCAAUCAUACUCUAUCUUCUAUCAAUGCAAAGACUCUCUGAAUCUCCUUUUCUUUUGGUGGAUGAGAUAAACCAGGGGAUGGAUGCAGGACACGAGAAAACUAUCCACAGCAUGUUGGUGGGAACCAAAGCAGCCAAUUCAAAACAAAUUAUUGUAAUUACUCCCAAGCUCAUUUCAGGCCUGGACUACGCACCAAGCACGAGAGUCCAUAUAAUCAUGGAGACAGCAUGA